CCCCUCCCCCCGUCUCGCCCCCUCCGCACGUGUGAUCGUGGUGCCGUUUCGAUCCUGCGUCCUUCCACUUCAACCUUCACCUUCGCGUGGCGUGGAGGAGGAUCCCGGGUCCUCGCGCUCUCUCGCCGGUCGCGCUCUCUGGCAGUGUCGCGAGGAUGACGGAGUAGCAGCGAGAGAGUUUAGCGGGAGAUAUUCACGCAGUGUUGUCGCGAUUUGACGAGAGACAUAGGGGACGCGAGCAGUGAGAUCUCGUUUUCCGCGUGCGACUUGUGACAUGUUUCUAAUGGGAAGGUCCUGACUGUGGGAGAGAUGGAUCCUCGAAGAGUCUUGCUGUUUUCAGCGUUGCUGGCAUGCGCUCUCGGCGCAUCGCCGUCGUCCUUCAAGAACGCCCGGGACAUGGAACGGCCGGACCUGGCUCGACGCGCUCGCAGGAUCGGCUUGAACGAGUACCUGGUCCCACCGCCACCGCCAAAGUUCCCGCCCGGCAGGACCGCGAGGUUGGUACCUCCGACCGAGUCGGGCUACUUCUCCAAGCUGAUGAGCUGGUUGAACCCCUUCAACUACGUUCCUUCGUCGCAAUCGCCGCCGCUACCGCCACCGCCACCGCCACCGCCGCGUCUCGAAGCUCACCCCCAUCAGCCGAAGUUCAUCCAACCUCCUCCUCCUCUCCCGCCGAUUUCCGGCUCAUCCGCGAGCGGUUAUGGUGACUCGUCGCCUCCGAUUUACGACAGGCCACCUUUACCGCCGAUCUUCAACCACCAUUCCACGGAGCAUCACGCCCCGAAGAGGAACUGCAAUCCCUGCGACAAAGUGCCUUGGGUGCCGAUCAACGCCGACGCGCCUCAUCACUCGUCGGCCGACGCGUCCUUCGUCGCAGCACCGUCGCUGCCGUCGCUGCCGCUGCAGUCGUCACCCUCGGGCGGGGGCUACUUACCACCCCAAAACCCUAGCACUCAUGACGCCUACCACGCUGCCUCGCAACAAGUCCGGGCUCCAGACCUCUCGUUCGCGCCACCGUCGUCCACCGCGAGCCAGAACGCGGCCUUGCUCAGUCCGCUACCGAGUCCACAAUUAUACCCCGGAGCGAGCCCUCCGCUCUUUCAAGCGACGGACUUUAAUUACCCCGUCCAGCUACCCACUCUAGGCGGAAUCGCGGAGUACCUGGACGCAGCCCCACCGUCUGGCAACGAUCCCCUCUUGAGCAAUGACGUCUUCCCGACUGUAGCGGCUUCGGCUCCUAAUAACGCGCAUCUUCGGCAAAACAUCUAUCCGAGUGGCUCCUGGGCUCACUCGAGUCCAGGGCUCGCUCAUCAGGAUUUCGGCUACACCCCUACUGGCGCGAGCAACAGUGGAUUGGGAGAGCCGCACGUUCAGAGUCUCGGCGGUCAUGGUGAUUUGUUCUCCAGCGGCAGCCAGGUCACUCAAGGUCAUGCGGUGGAUCCUGCGGUGAACGCGCAAAAAUUCGACGACACCGUGGGUCAUCAUCGAGUCACGCUCGGUCCUACGGAUCAGCGAGGCUUCUUCGGCGGUUUGGCUGUCGCGGAUCAUCAGUCUUUGGGAGCGGGAGCGGGAGCGGGCGAUCUUCUCGAUAACUCCAGCAGGAUCGUCCCGAAUCCCCCCAGUAACUAUGGAAUUUCCGGCCUGGACCGGCCGCCGAACAAUUACGAGCAUCGCUACAACGACUUGUCCUCCAGCAGCAGCGUCGUUACGGAUUCCCACGCGCCUCCGCGCGCCGCGGAUGGAUCUGCCGCGAAGAUUGAAGAUCCAAUACAUUUUGAAGAGUCACCGUUGCUAGAUCUCACGCACAAAGGUGAAAGUCGGACGGACUUGUCCCCGAUACCGCCGACCUCUAACGCGCUCACGGACUCGAACGAGAGUGCCGAGACCGGCCGCGCUGCGACGACCUUGCCGCCCGGCGUCGAGCUCUUCGGCGUCGGCGGUGUUCCAGGUGCUCCCGCCUACACGGAGUCGCGCUUCCCCGCGAACGGCCUGCUGAAGACGAUCGAGUUGUCGGGGUCGCUCGACCCCGACAAGUCGAACUCGAUCGACGAGAGCGCGAACGCUCAGGUCGCCAGCGGUGUUUACCACGGCCCGAGAACGGAGCCCGGAGAACAGAAAGUCUCCUACUUUCAGUCGCUCAGUCACAGCUUGACGGGAUACUUCCGACCAGAUGUCUCGUCGACGACUUCGAGGAGCACGGAGAGAGGAUCGUUCUGGGGCUCCUCGGCGAACGUUUACGUUGACGGCCAGCAGGCUGAGUAUGAUGGCUCGGCUGAAAAUGUCGACGUCGAUGCCGAGGACACGAACGACACUCGGGACGUCAGCCAGCAGGGCCCGAAGAGAAAUAAAAAGGUGCAGGUAAUUAUACCGUACACGUCGAAGCACACGCCGGUUCCGUUCCAGCCGGUGCGCGAGCAGAAUUACGGGCGAAAGGUCUCCUACAGAGGCGACUCCGGCCGCGACAAUUACGUGAGCGAAGAGUCGCGGAGCAAGAUUAAAGUGACCGAUCUGCCGGUGAACCCCAGCCGUCGUAAGCACCCGCAGACGUGGCAGAACGCGACUGUUGCGAUAUCGGAAGAAGUCACCGGCAAGCCGGCGGCCGGCAUUAAGGUGAACAACUCCAUAGACGUGCACAGACUGCAGAAGAACAUCGACAAUUGGACGAUACAGGAAUACUCGAAGGGCACAACCGCCAGCACGAUAUCGCCCAGCUCCGCCAAGACGUAUCUCUUCCCCUCGAAGCAGAUUCCGGACAAGUACCUGACAACCACCGAGCCCAUCGAUCACGCGGACGAUUCCCGAAACGUCAAGGACGAAAGCGUCAAGAGCUUCACGUUGGGCGGCUUCAGCUUCAACGAUCAGAAAUACGAGGCCUCGUCCAGCAACCGCGUGGAGGGACCUCGGAUACAAGUGAUAAUAGGAGACAAGGAUCAACACAAGGUCUCCAGCGAAGGCUCCGUCGACAUCGUCACCGCACGUACCAUUAACGAUCACUUCACAUGGCAAGGUUUCCCCAUGGACUUUUCUUUGGUGAGCAAGGAACGGGUGUACGUGGUGACGCCUCAGCCUGUCGUGACUACUCCCAGGACGACGACGACGAUGGCGGUGGAGAGGAGCCCGAAAGCCUCGACAGAGGCUUCGGAGGUUGACACCGACACCGGGGUGAUAACGAACAGGACCGACCCGUUCGAGUCGAUCGAGAAGGCCUACCAGGUGCUGCCUCAGGCUGUGAAUAACUUGGCGGUGGCUUCCACCGGUCCCGACAGUGUUCCACUCUGGGGCAUCAUGGAGCACGAGGAGUUCGGCUCGCUCGGCGAUAGCGACCAGGACGAUCACGAGGACGAAGCUGAGAUCCCUGUGCUGUACGAAGGACACUCGAAGGUGUCGCGUGCCAGGCGAUGACGCAUCUACAUGGAGAAUGCUAAAGACAAUUGUUGGUGCGUACGUGGACAGAGUGCCUGAUAGUGUGUGUUUCAUUUCUUGAACUUCGAGCGCGUUUCACGAUUCCCUCCCUCGAUUCGACGACAUCUUCGUCGCGAACGGCUUCGUGCCUCGAGCUUACGAGGUAAGGUUACGUAGUAAGUGAUUAUCGUGGCCAGUACUGCGGAUCGAUGUAUCUCGUGAUCCGGACGAGUGUCUUUUUGUAAGUUUCCAUCAAAAGUAACCCCACAAUAAAUCC